AGUUUUGUCGUUUCGAUUAUUCAUGUCCCGCAUAAGGUGUGUCAUGGAUCAUGGAUUGGGUGAUAUCAUCGCUUAGAUCAAUUUCUUCUUUUCGCCAUCCCUCAGUGAAUGGGCGAGCAUUGGUCACUAAUGGUUUUGGUUGAUCACUCAUUAGUAACAACUACACACAUACAUAUAUCCUUCCGGUAUAGGGGGAUCUAUGUGACGCCCUUUAUCUUGACGACCCACGCCUUUUGUACAACAAGCACAUCCAUCAUAUUUGGUUCCUUUUCUUUUAUUUUCAACACAGCAUAUUUCCGGCAGGGUAAUACAUAUCUGAAGAUCAAGAUUUUGCGCAUUGUCAAUUUUGAGAAUCUGAAGACGAAUUAUCAUCCUAUAUUUUCAUAGAACUUUUUUUUAUUAAUUUUUAACUUUUUAUUCAUUCAAUUGCCAAAAUAAAUGGGAUCGAAGAGAAGAAACUAUCCUCUUCCCCAUACAUCUAUAAAGCCAUUCAGGGACCGAUUCGAGGUCGUUGAUCACCGCCACAUUGGAGGUGGAGAAGCAGGAAAGUUCAGUGAAGGCAACACCAUCGAAUCGUCCGGAUCCAAUUUCAAAAAGCCAAAAGUUUUUUCGAUAAUAUGACGAUGGAUCAAAGUAACGAUGACUCUGUUGCGGAUUUUGAAAUCCCAUCAGAAAGUGAGCAUCAAACCACGGGGCACACCAGUCGAAAUAGCGACAGUAACGCUCACCCGAUUCCACAUAUGGGGGAUUUAUUAGAAGAAUCUCCGGAGGUUAGGAUCGAAAGGCUAGGUAGGCAAAGGCCGGGAAUCUUCAAAUCACUAUGGGCAGAGAUCGGAUUUGUAUUUUCAAUUUCCAUGUCACAGGUCCUGACGGUAAGUUCUGAUAGUUUUUUUUAUAUCUUGAUCUAUUUAUCGGAUUCUAACAGUGGAGAAGGAAUAUUUCGUUUCUGGUUUCACGGUUAUCUUGCCCACUUUGGUAAAAAAUCUGGAAAUACCAUCGGCUUCCGCUACUUGGCCUGCCAGCGCCUUCUCGCUCACCUUGGCCUGCUUUCUUCUAGUGUUCGGUCGUCUAUCGGAUAUGUAUGGGGGCUAUCCGGCAUAUGUAGCAGGGUUUAUUUGGCUUGCUUUGUGGAGCCUGGUAGGUGGGUUCUCUACCGAUCUCAUAAUGCUUAAUUUUUGUCGAGCACUACAAGGCCUGGGCCCAGCGAUGUAUCUACCUUCAAGUGUAGCUCUUAUAGGCACCAUAUAUCGACCAGGACCACGGAAGAACUUGGUUUUCGCAAUCUAUGGAGCAUGUGCCCCGCUGGGAUUCUUCGUGGGGAUUUUCUUCGCUGGAUUAGUAGCCGAGUACACACGUUGGGGUUGGUGGUUCUGGAUUGGAUGCUUUUUGGCCGCUAUAACAGCUAUCACAUCCUACCUGACAAUUCCUUCUGACAUUACCAAGAAGCGCAAAGUUCGCGAGGCACGCAAGGGUACAGAUGAAGAAGUGAAAAUGGAUUGGUGGGGUGCAAUUUUCAUUGUCGUAGGACUUAUUUUUUUUACUUUCGCCAUCAUCGAUUCGGCCCACGCACCUAAUGGCUGGAAGACGCCCUAUAUCUAUGUUCUAUUUGUCAUUGGUUGCUUGUUGCUUCUUGUAGCUGCAUACAUUGAGAUGCGGACUAAGCAAGCUUUGAUUCCAAGUUCAUUUUUCAAGGUUCCAUCCAUGGUACCACUAGUCUUUGCACUCUUCCUGUGCUACGGUUCUCUGGGUAUUUUCCUACUUUAUGCCACAUUCUAUAUGAGCGGGGUCAUGGGUGGCACCCCAUUACAACUUGUUGCGUGGUAUGCACCAAUGGCUGUGGGCGGAUGCAUAAUCUCCACAGUUGGAGGCUUUGUUCUGCACUUACUACCGGGGACAGCCCUUGUCGUCACAGCUGGUGUAGCCUGGAUUGUUGCACCUUUGCUCUUUGCUAUUGCCCCAGCUGGCGCCAAUUAUGUAAGUUUAUUUUCAGAAUUGUUUUCAUGAAAAUCUGACAAAUAUUUUAGUGGGCAUAUAUAUUCCCCGCCAUGAUAUGUGCAACGAUUGGUAUCGACAUAACGUUCACAGUCGCCAAUAUAUUUUUCACUACGUCUCUAUCGCAAUCACAGCAAGGCCUUGCUGGUUCCAUGGUAAUGCUCAUUCUACAUUUGGGUAUUGCAGUUUGUCUUGGAUUUUCAGAUAUCAUCAACACUUAUACUUUAGAUCGGGUGGGCCUUAGACAGAGUUACCACGCAGUAUUUUGGUUCGAAGUUGCAUGCGCAGGUGUAUCAUUGAUAAUAAUGGCACUCUUCGUCAAGAUCAAGAGAGCGGAGAGUGAAUUGACAGUUGAUGAAAGAAUUGCUGCGUUGAAUGCCGUACCAUUGGUAGGGGACAAUCGGUCAACGACUGGAGCGAUGGGCUUGGGAAUGGAUAGCGCAGAUGAUGGGAAGUUAAAUUGAUUUCGUAUACGUCUAAAAUAUCUGCUUUAACCUUAUAGAUAUAUGAAUUUUUGCGGAGUUGAUACCCUUGGGUCGUUGGAUUUCAGGCGUUCUUGGAUUAAAGCAAACAAAGCAAGAGUAAGAUAAAUAGAAAUAAAAUUA